AUGUUAGUUAGUUGGCACCAGUACACUCAAGCUACUUUCCUUCCCCCGGACAGACUGCAUGCUGGUGGGCCCUGGAGGAGGGCCACCUACUACUACAAAAGCCGCGGUACGGGCGAUGUGUGUGGCGUGUACCUCCUGAGCCAACCUGACGAGGCUGUCCAGGUGUCCUUCGAUUACCUGAACGUGGACUGCGAGAGUGAUGGUCUUGUCAGCUUCGUGGACGGAUGGGAGCUGAGAGGUGAGCUGUUCCCAGGAGAGGGUGACGCUCCGCUAGAGGGACGCGUGCACGAGUUCUGCGGGCGACUCAAGAAGAAAGUAUUCCGCUCCUCAGGCAACGCAGCGCUCAUUCAAUACCGCAUCCCUGCCCGCGGCGACACCUUCAAGAUCACAGUGAGAUACACCAAGAACAAAGCCCCCUGUAACAUCUUGGUGGAUGACGUCUCAGGGAUCUACACGCUAAGGAACCACGGCCGCCGCCAGAACUGUUCCGUGACCACAAUCUUCCCUGCCACCGUGAACCUGGUGCAGCUCGCGGUGGGAGUGGUGGGCAGCGUGCCGAACAGAGCCAUCGAGACGGGGGUACUCAGCAGGUGCCAAAAGCGGGGCGCACAGGACUUCGUUCAGAUCGGGGGUGGCCAGGGCCUCGACCCUCUCCAUAUGAUAGUGGAGGACUCCAUCUGCGGCCUAGACACCAACCCUCGCGUGCCAGCGUCCCAUAUUCUGUGCGGCAUGACCACCGUGCGCCUGGUCUCCUCGGGCCGCGUGGACAACAGCGUCACGGUGGCCCUCUCCCAGAUCACUGACGUUGACGUGAUGCCCACCUUGAUGUGCGACCUGCCCCUGUGAGCUUCUUGAGCAGGUUCCUCCCUCCAUCCAUCCUUCCCUCCUUCCCUCCCUCCCUCCCUCCCUCCCUCCCUCACCUUUUCUCCAAACAACACUAUAUUUCCUCGCUUCCUCCUAUUUGUUCACUCCUUUUCUUUUCCUCAAUCAGUAUUCAGAUUCUCUCUCUCUCUCUCUCUCUCUCUCUCUCUCUCUCUCUCUCUCUCUCUCUCUCUCUCUUCCUCCAUCUUUCUCAACUUCGCAAAUUCAACUUCUUUUUCUUCUGUUUUCUAUUUUAUCACUCUUCCUUCCUUUACUCCUCCCCAUGCGUCCUCCCCCCCUCCCCCCACUACCCCAGCCGGCUCCCAACAAGACCAACAGAUCCUCACCAGCAGAAAACUUUUAGUGAGAUCAAGAAACUCCUUUUUAAUGGGAAGAAGAAAAGAAAAUGCAAAUAGAAAAUAAAAGUGUAAUACAUGUUUGGUCACUUGUAUAAAUAAAUAAACUGUUACUCUUUUCUUGCAAACGGGAGACUACCGCAAAAAAAAAAAAAAACAUGUAUAAAUAAAGAAAUAAAUUACAAUAUAAACAAAGGAUUAUAGUGAAAGAUUCAUAAAAGAACUAAAACUCAAUAUUAAAAUACUCUUCAUGCACUGAGAUGCAACCAAUAGCCAACCAUACAAGCAAAUCGACAAGAAGGGAAGGGUGAGACGCGCGUCUGGCAACAUUGCCGUCACCGCUGGGCUGGCCGUGUGGCUGGCUAGCUUGGCGGAGGCUCGCGUUUAAGAGAAGCAAGGGAAUUUCAACCAUAACCAAGAAAACAAGACCCAAGCUAGCGCCCUCACCCCGUGCCACGCUCCUAAGCCCCUGCGUGUCCCCGGGGGCGUGCACGGACCUCCAGAGUAGCGGGAAUUGAGACUUACGGCUCAGUAAAGCUUCGAGUCGAGUUUCACUGGUUCACUCACUCGCUUCAUGGCUCUUUCGAGAUCAAGGGGAAUGGAAAUGGUUCAGAAAGAGAAAUAAUGCAUGGUUAUCCAUAUUAAUAAAACUUACAUUCAGUAUUUUAAAAGUUAUAUUCACUAUUAACGAAAAACAAUUCAAUAUUUCUGAGUGAUGUACACCUCUAAUGAUGAAUAGGAACAACGUAUAAAGUUCUCCACGUUAAAAAAGACUUCCUCAGUAUUUUUAAAAGUUAUAUACAUCAAUGAUGGAGAGGAACGUGCUUUACUUAUAAAGUAGUAUUUGUGAAGACUGUAUUUUUGUUACUGAAUUUUUGCCCCCGAACACCGUGGAACAAACAAUCCAGGCACUUCACUCGUACUUCACAUUCCACGCCCUCCCUUCAACAGCUAUGGGUCCCCGUCAUAAUAUACAUUUAAGUCUACGGUAUCUCAAGAUGGCAAACACAACAGUAGUCAUUAGUCAAAAAAAAAAAAAAAAGAUCUGAAAAGAAGAAAAAAGGGAAUGAAAUCAGGCAUGAACUCUGGAUCCACAGUCCGGCCCACCGAUGCUCUUUGUAACGAAUUAUAAGCUAUAUGGAUUAUAUGUAUGACUUUGGAAUUACAGAGUUAUAUUCC